AUGUCAGUUGCCCACGUGGACGAUGAUGACGACAUGCAUGACGACAACGGCCUGCCCCACGUCGACAAGAGCUUCCCCAACCAUGACACCUACUCUGGGCAAUGGUCGGACAACUGGCCCCACGGCCACGGCACCUGCUCAUGGGCUGAUGGCUGCAUCUACGAGGGGGACUGGCACUGCGGCUGGAUGAUGGGCCGUGGCAAGUUCACUUGGCCCUCGGGGGCCUCGUACGAGGGAGGGUUCAAGAAUAGUUACAUGGAGGGGAGUGGUGUUUUUGUAGGGUCCUCCAAUGAGCGGUAUAGUGGGACUUGGCAGUCUGGCCUUAGGCAUGGUAGGGGGAUAUGUGACUAUGCCAACGGUGAUAAAUACGAGGGCCAUUGGCGCCGCGGCCUUCCUGAUGGGAAGGGGAAGUAUAGCUGGAUCAAUGGGAACCAGUAUGUGGGGCAUUGGAGGAGGGGGAGGAUGAAUGGGAAUGGGACUAUGGUGUGGGCCAAUGGGAAUCGAUAUGAUGGGGGUUGGGAGGUUGGGCUGCCCCGGGGAAACGGGACCUUCCGUUGGGUGGAUGGGAGUUGCUAUGUGGGGGUGUGGAGUAAAGAUCAGAGUGAGCAGAGCGGGACUUACUAUCCAUCAAGUUCUCAUUCGGGUAGCUUCGACUGGGAUCCCCAAGAGGUGUAUUUGGAGAAUUUGAGUGACUGUAGGAUCCAUCCGGGUGAGGAGAUCAGUGACCACCCUUCUCUGAAGAUUUUGAACUGGCCUUGUGAUGGGGAGGAUAUGCUCAAGAAUUUGAGGGCGAGCUCCAUGGAUGGAGGGGGGUUGAGCAAUGCAGGCUCGGAGUAUAGUUUUGAUGGGAGUAGUGCUUGCUGUGAGUCGGUUAGGGAUUUGGGAGAGGGCUCCCCUGCGUUGGGACCACAUAUCGUUAUCAAGCCAACCAAGAAGCAGGGGAAUACUAUAUCGAAAGGGCAUAAGAAUUAUGACCUCAUGCUUAAUUUGCAGCUAGGAAUAAGGCACGCUGUGGGAAGACCGGCUCCAUCGACAACCCUUGAUCUAAAAUCAUCGGCUUUUGAUCCAAGGGAGAAAGUAUGGACACGAUUCCCUCCUUCGGGAUCCAAGCACACCCCACCUCACCAAUCGUGCGAUUUCAGAUGGAAAGACUAUUGCCCGCUUGUUUUCAGGGCUCUUCGGCAAUUGUUUAAGGUAGAUGCUGCUGAUUACAUGAUAUCCUUGUGUGGAAAUGAUGCCCUCCGAGAGCUUUCGUCACCGGGAAAAAGUGGAAGCUUCUUCUACUUGACUAAUGACGACAGAUACAUGAUCAAGACCAUGAAGAAGUCAGAGGCAAAAGUGCUUAUCAGGAUGCUUUCCGCUUACUAUAAGCACGUACGGGCCUUUGAGAACACCCUCGUCACCAAAUUCUACGGUCUUCAUUGUGUUAAGUUGACCGGUGCUGCACAAAAGAAGGUGCGGUUUGUGAUCAUGGGGAAUCUGUUUCGCACGGAAUAUGCCAUCCACAGACGCUUCGACUUGAAAGGCUCCUCCCACGGCCGCCUGACUGACAAGCCUGAAUCAGAGAUUGAACCAACCACGACUCUCAAGGACCUAGACUUGAACUUCAUAUUUCGUUUGCAAAACUCUUGGUUCCGAGAUUUAUGCAGACAAGUAGACAAAGAUUGUGACUUACUUGAACAAGAAAGAAUCAUGGAUUACAGUCUUCUUGUUGGUGUUCACUUUCGGGACAUGUCUAAUGCCGGGGAGCCCCUAAACACGGGUGCCCGAACUCCUCUUGGCAACGGAUCACUAGACCUCAGCCAGUUGGCAUCGAUCAAACUAGGUGACCAUAUGCCUGCACGAGCCGAGCUGACAAUACGGAAAAACGGCGAGGAAGCUCAGCUAGUGGGGGAGCCAACAGGGGAGUACUACGACGUGGUCCUCGUGUUUGGCAUCAUCGACAUCUUGCAAGACUACGAUAUCAGCAAGAAGCUCGAGCAUGCCUACAAGUCGUUCCAGUACGACCCGACCUCAAUCUCAGCCGUGGACCCCAAGCAGUAUUCCAAGCGCUUCAGAGACUUCAUAUUCAGAGUCUUUGCCGAAGACGGUUGAUGAUGGAUAGAUCUUGUUGUAUUUGUAGCUACAAUUUUAUACCAAUUUGUUUUGGUCCAAGUCCAUCACAAAAGCAGCUUUGUACACAACAACGGCGAUGAGAUAUUAUUCUUUGCGCUUCACCUUGUA